CUGGUGGUCGCGGCGGCGCAGGGUAGCUGUGGGAGAGAACCGGAGAACUGUGGGGAGGGAGAGCAAUGACGAAGCAGCAGCUGUGCGUGAGAACUGGCAGGCGGCGGCUGCUGGGAGAGGAUAACCUUAAAGUGUGGUGUUGGGCUGGGUUGGGCUACUUGGUAAUGGGGUUUUUCCUUUUCUUUUUCCUGUUUUUUAUUUUCUAAUAGGCUAGAAUGGGCCUACAAAGAGGCCUUACACUGCACAGGUUGGAGAUGACGCAGGACAGCAGGCCGUUGUCCUCAGAUGAGCUAUGAUUGCUGCAGAAAUUGAAACAACACUGCCUUGUCCUUGCUUCUUUGGAAAGGACAGUUGUACGCUUGCGUUCCCGGUUGCACUACUUGAGAGAUGGAGAUGCCAACACAAAAUUUUUUCACCUACAGGCUCGCUUCCGCAAGAAGAGAAAUUUUAUUUCCCAUUUGGAGAAUGAUGGGAGGACAGUCACCAGCCAUGAUCAAAUACAGGAGAGACGCUAUUGAUUUGAGUUCCCUGGAGGCACCUUUCUCUGAGAAGGAGGUUCGCGACACUAUUGGUGCUCUCCCAUCUGAUAAGGCUCCUGGUCCUGAUGGGUUUACUGGAAAAUUCUACAAAUGUUGUUGGCAUAUUAUUAAAUCAGAUUUGUUGGCAGCCAUUAAUUCACUCCAUCAAGGGAAUACUCACAAGUUGGGGAUGCUGAAUUCAGCUUAUUUAACUCUUCUCCCUAAGAAAGUUGAUGCCUUGUCUGCAAGAGAUUUUAGACCAAUUAGCUUAAUUCAUAGUUUUGCUAAAUUGGUCACCAAAAUGCUUGCUAAUAGAUUGGGACCCUAUCUGCAGGAGUUGGUGGCAUCUAAUCAGAGUGCCUUUGUGAGAGGCCGAUUGAUUCAUGAUAACUUUAUGUUGGUGCAGCAUUCAAUUAAAUCUCUCCACAAGAAGAGUCUCUAGUUUGCUCUUGAAGUUGGAUAUCUCCAAAGCUUUUGACUCGGUCUCUUGGGCCUUCUUGUUUGAAGUGCUUUCAUAUCUUGGGUUUGGUCCUGUGUGGCGAAAUAUGAUCUCCAAUAUUCUGGCCUCUUCUUCUACGCAAGUGCUUUUGAAUGGGUCUCCUGGUAUUCCUAUUAGGCACCGGAGAGGGCUUCGCCAGGGUGAUCCUCUCUCUCCAAUGUUGUUCGUAUUGGUUAUGGAUAUUCUCAAUAGUCUGUUUAAUCUGGCUGAAAAUAGGGGGCUGCUGCACAACUUGGUGGGUGCUAAUAUCCGAAACAGACUGUCCAUUUAUGCUGAUGACGUGGUCCUUUUUGUUCAACCUUUUGAGGAAGAUUUUCAAUGUGUCAAAACGAUUUUGGACUGCUUUGGUUCAGCCACGGGAUUGGUAUCUAAUUUGCAAAAAAGUUUCGUUAUCCCAAUCAGGUGUAAUGAGCAGGCGGUACAGAUGAGCUGCAAUAUUCUUCAGUGCACUUCUUCCUCUUUUCCUUGCACUUAUUUGGGGCUGCCGAUUUUAGAUAAAAAGCUCAGAAAAUCUGAUCUCAUGAUUUGGGUUGAGAAAGUUGCAGACCGACUUCCUAAUUGGAAGGCUCGGUUGCUUAGUCUUGCUGGCAGGACAGCUAUGGUGCGCUUUGUGCUUUCAGCCAUCCCGAUCUACCUUCUCAUUGCCAUGAAAAUCCCCAAGUGGGUGAUUAAUUCUAUAGACAAGAUUCAGAGAGGAUUUAUUUGGAAAGGAAGAAAGAAGGUAAAUGGUGGCAAUUGCCUUGUGUCGUGGGACAUUGUUACAAGGCCUUUGGAUCUCGGUGGGCUUGGGAUUUCUAACCUGCUGUACCAGCGUUGGGCGCUGCAAGCUAAAUGGUUAUGGUUAGAAAAAACUGAUCCUAACAAGCUGUGGUCUGGUUUGGACUUGUCUAUUCAACAACUUGUCAAGAGAUUCUUUACUUCUUCUAUUGUUUCCCUAGUUGGUAAUGGGUAUAAUACAUUAUUUUGGACAGAUCGGUGGUUGGAUGGGUCUUGUAUCCAAGAUUUUGCCCCUGCUGUUGUGGCUAAUGUUGGGAAACGAGCUAUUUCUUCUAGAACGGUGGCCCAUGCUCUUCAAAACUGGCAGUGGAUCAAUGACAUUGAGACCCCUCUUAAUUUGCCUGGGCUGCAACAAUAUCUUAACCUUUGGGAUGCAUUAAGGGGAGUGGUGCUCACUCAGGAGGCUGAUCGACAUGUGUGGAUUCAUUCUUCCUCUGGUCAGUUCUCUUCGAAGUCGUGUUAUAGGACCUUCUUCAUGGGUUCGAUUACCUUCGAACCAUGGAAGAGGUUAUGGAAGACUUGGGCUCCACCCAAAUGCAAAUUUUUUCUUUGGUUGGCAAUAAGAAAUAAAUGUUGGACAGCUGAUAGACUGCAGAAAAGAGGGUUGGCUUAUCCUGAGGUUUGUCCUUUAUGUGAUCAAGAUUCGGAGAAUAUCCAACACCUCCUUUGCACUUGCAUUUUUGUGCGGCAAUUUUGGUUCUACAUUCUCUCUUCAUUGGGACUAGCUAAUCUUUCCCCUACCUCUGAUGAGUCCACUUUUGCUGACUGGUGGGAGAAGGUGUGUAAGCAAGUGCACAAAUCCAAAAGAAGAGGCUUUAACGGUAUCAUCAUCUUGGGGGCUUGGUGUUUAUGGCUUCACCGUAAUAAGGCGGUUUUUGAUGGCGUCAGGCCUUCCAUUCAUGGAAUAAAAUCAGUUUUUCUGGAUGAGUUUGAGUGCUAGAGGCUUGCCGGUGCUAGACAUCUUGAGGCUUUGGGUCCUGGUGCUGCAAUUUUCAGAUCAAGGGUUCUAUUGGGGGCUUAGUGAAGAGCAGUUGUGUGGGUGUGUGGCCUGCUAGCACUUAUGCUGUUGUCCUUUUGCGUGCUGCUGUUUCCAUGCGCAGAAGUAAGCUGCAGUUCUGUGCGUAGCAGGAAUUGGUGGUCUUGUGUUUGGCCAGGAUUUGGUGGUCUUGGUGUUUGGCCUUUUGUGGCAUUGUACUUUGGUCCAUUUUGGACUGUUUUCUUCUCUUAAUUUAAUGAUGCGCAGCUCUCCUGCGCGUUCACGAAAAAAAACAGUUGUGCUACUUGUUUAUUAGCUUCUAAUUAGUGAUAUAUAACUAAUAUUUGGUCUAUUUUUUAUAUUUAUCAAUAUAAUUAAGGCGUCGCCUCGCCUUAGGGUUUACCGCUUAUAAGUUAAAAAGGGGGUCGAUCGCCUUAUGUCGCCUUAACACUUUAAUAACUAGGACCUGCACUUGUUUUAAAUUUUAUCCUACAUGUUGCCAAAAAAAAACAAGGAUAAGGCUGCCCAUAGUUCUCCCCAUACCCCACAAGUGUUCACCCUUUUUUGUCCAGAAUCAUAUAAAACAGGUGCAAACCAUGCCCUAGGACGAGUGAGGUGUUUUUUUUGGUGAUUUCGUAGCGAGAACAUUAUUUUUUGUCAUAUGGCAGUCACAUCAUUUACAUGGAGAUGAGAGAGGGGGAGAGAUAGGGAAUGCGGUAGAUAGAGAUUAACUGUGGAAGAGUCUGUCAUAUUGAUAACUAACAAUAAACUUCUUCCUAAUAAAGUCAAAUGAGGCGUUCGAUUAUUAAUGGGUCACCUAAGCACUUUCUUGUAUCAUCUUAUUCAUAUGUUUCUUAUACCAAAUUAAAUUCUAACUUCUGCUAAGUAACAUACUAAUGUGCCUGCACAUUUUCUCAAAAAGAAGCUACCAUCUUUUGUCUUUUGCAUUCUGUCUUAUGCUUUGAUAUCUU